AAGUAGGUCAGCAGCAUAGGUAGCGUGAGCAUUGUUCGUGCUGGGGAAAUCAGCGCCUUGAAGUAUUGAUUAAUUCGACCUAUAUAGAAAAAAGCGUGUAACCUAUAGCCUACGUAUCCUAAAAAGUUGAUGUUUGACUCGGAUUAAUGUGCACCAUAGCAUAUUAAAAUACAAGAAUUACUAAAACAUCACAUAGGUCUAUAACCAAACCUAUAUUGUAGCUUAAGAAGUGAUAAAGUGAUGUUUAAAUUCAUGACGUAUUACCAACAUCCGUGCAGUUUAGUGGGUAAAACAUUGACAUAGCCUGGGGGGGAUUUGUAUCUUAAAUAAAGACGUCUCUAUACAAAAGAAUAAAUCAGAUAAUGCAGUGCCACAGCAUUAAAACAAGGUGUUGCCUAACUUUAAAAGGUAGUCUACAUUUGACGCUACAAAAUUCAUGUGAGUCAUCGUCCAGACUGCAUUGUUCCUCUGAUAUUCCAUUGCGCUGGCGGAACGAAGAGGGAGUUAAUAUGGCUGGCCACAAUUUAUCUGUCAAUGUAGGGAGCUCGCCUUGUGCUGCCGACACGACGCGCAUAACAACCUAUUUAGUUCCCAUCAUUUCAGAGCUUCUUGUCCCCUCCCCUCCAGACACAGACAACAACAUACACCUUAAUAGGGGCGCGUCUCCGACACAGCCGCCGACCAAUAACCCGUCUGUCUGGGCAGAGACCAAGGGGAUGAGUACUUGUCGAGGCCCAAUCAGCGCUUUUGUGUUGCCUGCCGGUGCCGGGGACUGGUCGUGAGGAGCUACUGUAGCGCUUCAGGAUCGGAUAGUGAACCCGGAGCCAGUGGAACCUGAAGGGUAAAGGAGAAUCAGGGCGGGCACACACCUGGCAGAGACAGCGGCAGCCAUUUUGAGACCGCACGGAGGCAUCGGAUGCAGAGAAGGGGGAUGGAGCGGAUGAGUGAGGAGGCUCUGAGGCUGAACCUGCUCAAGCGGGGCCUGGAGGGGCCGGACGAGCGGGCCGAGGAGGCGCUGGCCAAGCGCCUCAAGAUGGAGGGCCACGAGGCCAUGGAGCGCCUCAAGAUGCUGGCCCUGCUCAAGCGCAAGGACCUGGCUGCCCUGGAGGGGGCGCUAGGUGGCGGAGGAGACGGCAAGGGCCCCAGCGGGAGCCAUCAGACGCUGCUGGGAGCCGCGGCGGCAGCGGCCGCCUACGAGGAGAAGCUGAACGGGAGCCUACGCGGUGGAGGAGGUGGCGGAGGAGGAGGAGGAGGAGGAGGAGGAGGAGUGAUGGGCGGAGGUGGUGGAGUGGGGCACAUGGCUGGAGUGCACAUGCCACACGUGGGACACAUGGGGCUGCACUCCGGCCCCGGGAAGAACGGGAAGGAGAACAUGCUGGACGAGAUGCCAGUGGACAUGAGCGCCCGGCGGAGCGCCAUGAGUGAGCUGUGCUAUAGUUACAGUGAGCGGGACCACAAGCGCCGCACCCCGUCCCCAGACGUCAUCGUCCUGUCGGACAACGAGGCGUCCAGCCCCCGGGCGAGCCCUCCUCCGCCUGAGGACAGGCACAAGCACGCCAACCUGGAGUUGUUCAAGGUACACCGAGGACACAUGAAACCCCCCCAACCCCCCCCCCCCCCUCUCUGA